AUUGCGGACUUGCUCGUGAUGUCACUACACCACAUGUCUUUUUCACGUGGCGCCAUCAGUCAAGGCUCUUAAUCGAUGUAUUCGUUCAGAAAUGUCAGAAGAGAGGCAAAACAGACAGAAAUCCUAUAAAUAUUGUUUCGUACCGAAUUGCCGAAACACAACGACAUCGACACCCAACAAAACGUUUAUAUGUGUCCCAAAAAAAGAGGAAAUUCGGAAACUCUGGUGUAUUGCAUCCGGUUAUAACGGAAAAUUGAGGUUAAGCAGUGCAAUCUGCGAAGAUCACUUCAAACUUGAUGAGGACUUGGAUAACUACAUGGAGUGGAAGAUGACAAAGUGUCGGAAGAGGCUCAAGGAAGGUGUUUACCCUCGAUUCUUCUCAUGUCAAGCCCCUUCGGAAUUUGCUUCCGCGUUUGUAUUACCCUGCAAUGCACCAGGUUCGAGUGCAAUUGAAGGAGUAAAUAUCACAGAGGAAGAUCCAUUAUCAAUAGAUGAACGAAUCCAGAGGCAAGAGGAUCGAGGGCCCUUCUUCAAACUAGUGGAACCGUUUGACUUCAUCGGUAUCAAAUCGGAAUCACUGGAUCUAGGUGAAGAAGUGGACGACGAUGGGAUGCGGUGAAGCAUAAGAUCGGAAUAAUGUACUGAAUUUAAUUAUUUUUAAUUGAUGCAGUGUAAAUAAUGUUUUGAUGAUGAGCCAAAACGAAGAAAAACUUCCGCUGAAUGUUUGCAGUUUUUGCAGAAGCGUCUGAUCGGAUUACUCUAAAGUCUUUUGUUGCAGGUAUUAAUAACUGAUUAAUACCUGAAGUACUAGAGCAAUUGCAAUACCUCUUGACAUGAGUCAUGUACUGUUGUACAAUCCGGUACAACUGAAAUAAUAUUUUUGAUAACGCGAGUGACUAGAUAAGUACUUUGUAGAUUGUAAUUGUAGUCGGUGAUUCAGAAGAUGAUUAAAUCGAAUAUCAAAUAAAUUAAUUUUUCGACUUUA